AUGAUCCACCACACCAGGGGUCCACCUAGAAAUAAACAUCAGCGCACGGCGGGUUUCGCGCCCAUUUCCUCACCAUUGAAUCUGGACCCCACGCCGGCUUUUCCUAUCGGUAUAGGAUUUGAAAUGCUUCAAUCUCUCUCGUGUCGCGAGUUUCAAGCCUGCGCUUUCACUUCCAUCGCCUUUAAGGAUCGAGAAGAACUUCAGUCCAGUGGGACACUACUACUCCCAAGCGAGGAUUUACGCGGCCUUCUUCUGCAGUCAUAUCUGCGAUGGGUACAUCCCCUAGUCCCUGUUCUAGAGAUACCAAAUAUCUUUCAAAGGCUGCUAGAAAGUGAUGACCGUCAAUUCCCUCAACCACUUCUGUAUCAAGCCGUCCUCUAUGCGGGGAGCUCAUACGUGGAUUCCCUGGAACUACAGGCAGCGGGUCACCCAAGUCGAGAUACUAUUGGGAGGGUUAUACGCGAAAGGGCGAGAAUGUUAUACAAUCUCUCGGUCGAGCGCAAUCCGAUUGUCAUGACCCAAACACUCAUCUUGCUGAGUAUCCGUGAAAACCUGUCCGAGGCUAGUCUUUCAGAAUCCCGAUAUUGGAUUCGCCAUGCUCUCUCUGUCGCGAUCGGCGCAGGCUUACUGGACCCAACAGAUGAGCCAGUCAACCAAAACACAGAGUACCUUUGCACGAUCUCAUCUUCGCUUCGUGAGCGACUAGUAUGGUCGUUAUACACCGCUGAUCUCACAAUUUCCCUGGCUCUGGAUGCUCCAUUCCAAAUAAAACGACCACCUAGUCUCAAUUGUCAGUUUGUUCCCGACGUGUUUUCAGUAUUUGAUCGAGCCAUAAUCAACGCUACCUUUCAUUUCAGAGCCACCAUACCACGCCAACUAUGCGGUAUCCUUAUCGAACGGUCGAAACUUAUCCGCUGCAUGUACCGCCUUCUCUACACAGUCGACCUGGACCGUCAAACGCGUGAUGCACUGGACGAUGGUAUGAAGCCAGCUAUUCUGCUAUGGAAAAUGCAGCACCUCGACCAAGCACUAGUCACGAGCGUCGAAUCAAGACUCAAACGGUGGCUGGAAAGUCUACCUGCCUCUGUUCGCUACUCAGCUCAAUGGACCUUGAUCGAGCAUUCACGACAAUCUAAAGAGUUUACGCUGUGUGUCCAUCGUGGCGCACUAUACAUACUAUAUCUGACAUAUCUACUGGCCCUCUACAAUGGCAAGAUGGCACGGACGCCGACAUAUUCUGAAAGUCUCGUCCAUCGUGCCCGCCAGGUGGCUGCCGAAAUCGUGCAGACGUGGGCCGGCCUGGCAGAGACACAAGCGAUCGAUUUUCUACCGAGCUAUUGUUUUCUCUCAUUGAACCUUGCUCGUGAAGUCUAUACGCAGCAUUCAGGGGGCUGCAACAACUCAGAGGAUUGGUAUGCGAUGUGGGCUGUUAGAUCGUGUGACGCAUCCCUGGCUCAGGGGUUCCAUAGAACUGGGGACGUUUAG